UAGUAAAAACGGUAGCUGACAUAGCUUCGUUUUAGAGCAAUAUAAAAUAAAGGUAAAUUAUUAAAAAUUCGCCUUCAAAAUCCGUACUCUAGUUAUCACACUUAAAUAAAAAUGUUUAAAUUUGUUUUAUUGUAUAAUUUUCUAAUUUUAAAGAAUUAUUUUCAUCGAUAGGGGCCCACAACCAUGUAUUGGCCCCUGGGCCAUUGAAGGUCUUAAUCCGGGUUUGACUGAUACACAUAGAGCCUGGACAAUGAUAGAUUGUGAUGAUGAUAAGAGGUUUGCAAUUUACACGGUACAUUGUUCGUACCACAAAUUAAGUGUGUAAUAAGAAAGCAUUUUAAAGUUUUUUGAGAUUCAAAAUGGUCAAUGAAAAUAUUUAAGUUUUGAACAUCGUUAAAAUAAAUGCCUUUAAAAAAAAAACUUGAACAAAGUUUGAAUCAUAUUAUAGAGUUGGCAUUUUUAACGGGCAACGAAGUGCGCGGGUUUUGCACAAAAAUAUAUACUGGCCACAAAAACAAUAGAAAUAUUGUCGUCGAGGGAAUGAUUUUUCGCUGUUAAAAUAUAUUUAUUCAUCUUUGCUAGACAAGUAAAAAUUUCGUCAGUACUAUUUUGAACGUUCAACCGUAGACAUCUGCAGUUUAAAACAAACUUAACAUAUCUAAAAUGGCAGGUAUAUAUAGUGUAUCUUGUCCAGAUUUGACGAUGAACCACGAAUGGACAAUUAAAAAAUUGAACUGUGAUAACAAAACAAAGUCGUUGCCAAAUAUGGCAUUUGUAUGUCAUGAAUUGGAAAAAGAGACAAAAAAUACAGAUGUAAGUAAAACAUUUAAAAUCGAAGAACACGACAAAAAAUUUAGCGCGUCUUGUCCAGAUUUGACGGUGAAUCACGAAUUAACAGUUAAAAAAUUGAACUGUGACAACAAAACAAAAUCAUUGCCGAAUAUGGCAUUUGUAUGUCUUGAAUUGGAGGAAGAGACAAAAAAUACAGAUGUAAGUAAAACAUUUAAAAUCGAAAAACACACCGAAAAACUUAGCGCGUCAUGUCCAAAUUUGACGCAGAAUCACGAAUUAACAGUUAAAAAAUUGAACUGUGAUAAAAAAACAAAAUCAUUGCCGAAUAUGGUAUUAACAUAUUCUGACGAUAUGGAAGUAAAAAAGGCGUAUGAUUCGGAAAAAAUAACCGAAAUAGAAUGCGCAAAAGAAGAAGUCGAAGUUCCGAAAAAGAAAAGACGAACUAUAUACAAGCGAGUCAAGCGGUUUUUCAUGGGCUUGUGUUGCUGCUGUGCUAAACCUUAACUUUUUGUAUUAUUAUUUUUUUUUAAAUUUAUAUUUAAUGAAACACUUUUUUUGUGAUUAUAAUUUUUUUUCAAUUUUUAUUUAAUGAAACAUUUUAACGACUAUGUAUAAAUGAAUACAUCAUUUCAAUCAGCUAGUAUAGUUAGUAAAGUUUGUUUUGUGCAUCAGAGGUAUAAAGUUUAUUAUAAUAUAGCAGGCAUACCAUGAAAAAAAAAAAUUGUCUGUUAUAUUACAAUAAACCCUCUGAUACAUAAAACAAAACCACACUGAUUAUACUAGCUUUUAUUUUUAUUUUUAUUUUUUUUUUUGCAUAGCUGCUAAAAGUAUUCCAUAUUUGAUCAUAUUUUGUUAAAUGUUUAAUAUAUAAGUUAUGUAAUAAAUUAAUGUUUUU